UUUUCAGAUUGCAUCAGAGUUAUUCUGAUCGUCGUUUGAGAGAAUGAAGAAGCAGCAGCGCAGGAGAUGCCGAGUGUGUAGAGAGAGUGAGAGCAAAUACAAAUGUCCCUCCUGCCUCGCUCCUUAUUGCAGUCUCAAGUGCUGCCAGCAACACAAAUCUCAAUGUAAUCCACCACCCCCACAGGAAACAGACGGAGGAGUUGAGGUGAAGGUUGAAGCAGUCAAAGUGCCAUUACCUCCCCGAAUUGCGCUGGAUGGGGAGGAGGGAGAGGGAGAAAUAGAUCCAGACUCGCCGGAUUUCGUAGCUCUGGAUAAGUUGAGACGACUGGAGCACAAUACAACUGUGAGGGAAUUACUGGGCUGCAAGGAACUGAAGGAGAUGAUUGAGAGAUGCAACAGGGCAGAUGACAAGAAUGAGGAAAUAAGCAGUCUAAUGAAGAGUGAUCUAGUAUUGACAAUGGACAGUCCUCUUUCGUCUGUGAGACUCGUCGGAGGGGGAGGAAAAGGCGAGAAGCGAAAACUUUGUGGUGACCUGGAUGACGAUGAAAACUUCAACCUUUCAUUUGCAUCCCCAGGACCCCACUUUGCUCCUGAAGUUGACAGUGACUCCAAAAUGAGCAGUCUGGUCUCUUUCAUCAACCGAGAACUCACUUCUUUGGGGCUGAAAUGUCUGCAGUUAGAAGAAGACAUCUCAACUUCAACAAAAUCAUACAAUUCGUCAUCAUCACAUAACCAACAAGUGACCAAGUUGUCUCUGGCUUUAGCCUGCGUCGAAGCACUAAACCGAGUGGGUGCAUGCAAUAAGCGCAAUGAGGAACUACAGCUGGCAUACAAACGCCUAUGCGGUGAUAAUAACACACAGAAUACACAAAUCAAGAGGCUUAAGAGUCAGGUGGAGUCGCUGGAACGAGAAGUUGCCAAAUUUAAAGAGAGCGAUCGUCAGAAGAAGAAAGACUCGAGCACAAGUCUGCGGAAACUGAAUAUUGAGAAGCAGAACAACAAGAAAAGUAUGGCUAUGAUGCAGCAGAAGGUCACCCAACUGGAACACAGUUUGAAGCGGAAGGAGAAGGAAGCGCAGGUGCUGCGGGAGAAACUGGACACCAUUUUGGGGGGUUCCAAAGGGAGUAAAAGUGGGACUAGUCAAUCUGCAUCUGGAAGUGUGUCGGGUCAAUCUCAGAGGUCUAAUGUGAUGAGCUCCUCGUCGUCUUCUAGUGCAGUGCAGCCAGCCUCCAUUGAGAUCCUGAAUGACCUGAAGCCCAAGAGAGCCAAGUGGAUGGUGGCUCCUAGAUGUAGCUGUGAUGAGAGUGAGAAGCAGGAAUUCAUGAAGUCGCUCAUCAGUAAUCUGGAGCGCAAGCAGAGUGUGUUAGUAAGUGAAAAUGCUGAACUAAGGAAUCUAAUCUGGAAAAUUGAAGCCAAGAUCAAUGACAGCAGUGAGAUAUCUGGACUCGACAACGAAAGAUUGGAUAGUAAAAGAGGAAGCCAAGAGUCAGUGAACAGCUGUGGUAUAAAAGAAGAAAUUGAAGACGAAAGUUCAAAAGGUUUGGGGUCAGACUCGGACAAAGCAUUGAUGAUGUUGCCGAUUGAGUUGAUUGCAGAGAGAUUAUACAAUGGGAUGAUGGACAGGAUAGAUCAGCUGCUGCUUCUGAAGAGAAACGAGCAGAGAGGAGUUUACUCUCUGCAAAGCAGCAUGUCCUCCAGUCUAACUGAGCUAGACCAACAAAGUACCGCUGUAGAUAUACCUGGUAGUAACAGAAGCAACUCUAAAAUGACCCUGACUCAUUACAGAGAGAGUUUACUUACUGAUGACGAAGAUGGAAAUUAAACAUAAUCAAACUAAUUUUUUGACGCAUUUUUGAACUUGACUUGUGUUGUUUCUCUUGAUAAUUCUAAAAUUUUGAACAGAUUCAAAAUUAUCAUUUGUAAAUAUUUUGUGUUGCUGGUCUUGUGAAUUUAUUUCUUAACUGUGUUUA